AUGCAGAGCUUGCAGCCGGACCCCAAAGCCCAGUACAGGAGUGUGUACGAAGCUCUGAAGAAGAUUGUCCUUACAGAAGGUUUCUGGAGGCCUUUACGUGGGAUUAAUGUCACCAUGCUGGGGGCUGGCCCUGCCCACGCCAUGUACUUUGCCUGCUAUGAAAAAAUUAAGAAGUCUCUAAGUGAUACCAUCCAGCACGGAGGAAACAGCCACUUGGCCAAUGGUAUAGCUGGGAGUGUGGCCACCCUACUCCACGACGCAGUGAUGAAUACUGCUGAAGUGGUGAAGCAGCGGAUGCAGAUGUUCAACUCCCCCUACAAGUCCGUCCUGGCGUGCAUAAGGACAGUGCAGAAGACGGAGGGGUUUGGUGCCUUCUACCGCAGCUACACCACCCAACUCACCAUGAAUGUCCCCUUCCAGGCCAUUCACUUCAUCACCUAUGAAUUCAUGCAGGAGCAGAUUAAUCCACGCCGAGAGUACAACCCUCGGUCCCACAUUGUCUCCGGUGCCAUCGCGGGGGCUGUGGCUGCUGCUGCCCCCACUCCUCUGGAUGUCUGCAAGACUUUGCUCAACACCCAAGAGAACAUGGCCUUGAGCUCUGUGAACAUCAGCGGACAUCUCUCGGGCAUGGUGAACGCCUUCAAGACUGUCUAUCAGCUGGGGGGUGUUUCGGGGUAUUUCAGAGGGGUGCAGGCACGUGUCAUCUACCAGAUGCCUUCGACAGCCAUCGCCUGGUCGGUGUAUGAAUUCUUCAAGUACUUUCUUACAAAGCACAAGCUGGAAAAAAGAACAUCCUUGUGA